CCCUCCGCCGCUCCGCUCCAACACAAAAUAGGGCCGCGUCUUCUCCUUUCUCCGCUUCUCGAGUGGGGUUCCCCAGGCAAAAGGCCCCCCCCGGAUCUCGCGCCGGAGGCUUCCUGAAUCUCCACGACCGCUGCCGAGAUUUUGGGCCAGGAAAUAGCCCCUUCGCAGGAACCACCCUACCGGCCGAACAGGAGGCGGAGGGGGGGAGGCGGAGCGGCGCCGCGCUGCACUACUUUCCUCUCCGGUUGCAAAUGGCUGCCUCGUUCCCCACUUUCCGCUCAGUUUCCUGACCCCCCGGUGCCGGGAGCCGGGGUUGGGCCAUGCACCUCUAGGCCCCCCGCGAUCACAGCCAGCCGGGGGUCGAGGGGGUGCCGCCGAUCAGAGCCGGCCAGGCCGGGGGCGGGGCAGCUCCCGAGGCCAGAGGGGAAGGGAGGCGAGCGCAGGGCCUGGAGCGGCCGGAGGGGAGCGGGCAGAGGGCUCGCACCGCCCGCCCCUUCCUCUUCCUCGCCCACCUACCCUCCUCCCUUCCCCGGGGGGGAGCAGAAGGUGGGGGGCUCGAAGCCUCAGAGGGCGAACGCUCGGGGUCGAGGAGCCCGGCGUUGGGUGUGUGUCAGGUUCAGCCCCGCGGCCCCGCCGGCUCCGCGUCGCCGUAGCUCGCGCGGCCCCGGGGCGCCGGCCCGGGCGGGGAGAGGGAUUCGGCGCUCCAGCGAGGGUCUCACGUUCCAUCCGGGCCCGGCGCGGGGCGGCGCGGCAUUCCUUCCGGGCUGCUGGGGAGGCGCCUCGACGUUCCAUCUGGAGAGCCUCGACGUUCCGCCCGAGCCCGGCGCGGGCGGCCGGGGCGCUGGCCCGGCCCUAGGACUGAGAGGCCGCCCGGCGACGCGGAUGCGGAGCCUUCUCGCCCAAGAUCAAAGCCACCGGUGCUCUCUUUGUGUCCGCUCGGGAUUCGCCGCCCUGGGGCUGUCCAUGGAAACCUAAACUGCUGGAACCCGAGGCAGAGAACCCCUCUUUGGCGUCUUGCUUUUUUGGGUGGGGAGGAGGGUGGCCACUCCGACCUGGAUUUACCGUUCUUGGCCCCCCUAAGCCCCCCCGUGCGGGGGGCGGCUGUGAUCGCUCUGGCGGUUGGAGGUCGGGGAGCGGCCCGGGCUCUGGCCAUGUUCUCGGAUGAAGAUUUCUGGAUCGCCCUGUGAAGAGGUCUCCCCGAGAGGGCCCUGCCCAGUCGGAGAGAGGGAUGGACAGCCAGAAGCCGCCUGGUGAGGAUAAAGAUUCAGAACCGGCAGCUGAUGGACCUGCGGCCUCUGAGGAGUCAGGCACCACUGAGCCAGACCUUCCUAACCCGCAUGUGGGGGAGGUCUCUGUGCCCAAUUCUGGCGGUCCUAGGCUUCAGGAUCCUCCCCAGGACUGCAGUGGGGGUCCAGCGCGGCGUUGUGCUCUCUGUAACUGUGGGGAGCCCAGUCUACAUGGGCAGCGGGAACUACGGCGCUUUGAGUUGCCAUUUGACUGGCCCCAGUGUCCAGUGGUGUCCCCUGGGGGGAACCCAGGGCCCAACGAGGCAGCGCUGCCUAGUGAGGACCUGUCACAGAUCGGUUUCCCUGAGGGCCUGACACCUGCCCACCUGGGAGAACCUGGAGGGUCCUGCUGGGCUCACCAUUGGUGUGCUUCGUGGUCGGCAGGCGUAUGGGGGCAGGAGGGCCCAGAACUAUGUGGUGUGGACAAGGCCAUCUUCUCAGGGAUCUCACAGCGCUGCUCCCACUGCGCCAGGUUCGGAGCCUCCAUCCCUUGCCGCUCGCCUGGAUGUCCACGGCUUUACCACUUCCCCUGUGCGACUGCCAGCGGUUCCUUCUUGUCCAUGAAAACACUGCAGCUGCUAUGCCCAGAGCACAGUGAGGGGGCUGCACAUCUGGAGGAGGCUCGCUGUGCAGUAUGUGAGGGGCCCGGGGAAUUGUGUGACCUGUUCUUCUGUACCAGUUGCGGGCAUCACUAUCACGGGGCCUGCCUGGACACUGCUCUUACUGCCCGCAAGCGUGCUGGCUGGCAGUGCCCUGAGUGCAAAGUGUGCCAAGCCUGCAGGAAACCUGGGAAUGACUCUAAGAUGUUGGUCUGUGAGACAUGCGACAAAGGAUACCACACUUUCUGCCUAAAACCACCAAUGGAGGAACUGCCUGCUCACUCUUGGAAGUGCAAGGCAUGCCGGGUAUGCCGGGCCUGUGGGGCUGGCUCAGCUGAGCUGAAUCCCAACUCUGAGUGGUUUGAAAACUACUCACUGUGUCACCGCUGUCACAAAGCCCAGGGAGGACAGCUUGUUGGUUCUGUUGCUGAGCAGCAUCACCCCACCUGUAGCAGGUUCUCACCCCCAGAGCCUGGCGAUACCCCCACCGAUGAGCCUGAAGCUCUGUACGUCGCAUGCCAAGGGCAGCCAAAGGGUGGGCACGUGACCUCCAUGCAACCCAAGGAACCGGGGCCCCUGCAUUGUGAAGCCAAACCACUAGGGAGAGCAGGGGCCCAACUUGAGCCCCAGUUGGAGGGCCCCCUAAACGAGGAGAUGCCACUGCUGCCCCCACCUGAGGAGUCACCCCUGUCCCCACCACCUGAGGAAUCGCCCACAUCCCCACCACCGGAGGCAUCGCGCCUGUCCCCGCCACCAGAGGAAUCACCCCUCUCUCCACCACCUGAGGAGUCUCCUCUGUCUCCUCCACCUGAAUCAUCACCUUUUUCUCCACUGGAGGAGUCACCGUUCUCUCCACCAGAGGAGUCACCCCCGUCUCCUCCACUUGAGACACCCCUGUCUCCACCGCCUGAAGCGUCACCCCUGUCCCCACCAUUUGAAGAGUCUCCCCUUUCUCCCCCACCUGAGGAGUUGCCCACUUCCCCACCACCUGAAGCAUCUCGCCUCUCUCCACCUCCUGAGGAGUCACCCAUGUCUCCUCCACCUGAAGAGUCACCUAUGUCUCCACCGCCUGAGGCAUCGCGUCUGUUCCCACCAUUUGAAGAAUCACCCCUGUCCCCGCCGCCGGAGGAGUCUCCCCUCUCCCCACCACCUGAGGCAUCACGUCUGUCCCCACCACCUGAGGACUCGCCCAUGUCCCCACCACCUGAAGACUCACCUAUGUCCCCCCCGCCUGAGGUAUCAUGCCUGUCCUCCCUGCCUGAGGUGUCACGCCUGUCCCCACCGCCUGAGGAAUCUCCCCUGUCCCCACCACCUGAGGAGUCUCCUACGUCCCCUCCACCCGAGGCUUCACGCCUAUUCCCACCACCUGAGGACUCACCCACUUCCCCGCCUCCUGAUGACUCGCCUGCUUCUCCACCCCCGGAGGACUUACUUAUGACCCUACCGCUAGAGGAGUCAUCCCUGUUGCCACUGCCUGAGGAGCCACGACUCUGCCCCCGGCCUGAGGAGCUGUGCCUGUCCCCUCAGCCUGAGGAGCCCCACCUCUCCCCUCGGCCUGAGGAGCCGCACCUGUCCCCUCAGCCUGAGGAGCCGCGCCUUUCCCCUGUACUUGAGGAACCAUGCCUGUCCCCCGCGCCUGAGGAGCUGUGUCUGUCCCCUUGGCUUGAGGAGCCGCGUCUAUCCCCCCGGCCUGAGAAGCCAUGCCUGUCCCCUGCCCCUGAGGAGCUGCACCUGUCCCCUGGGCCUGAGGAGCCCUGUCUGUCCCCCCGGCCUGAGGAGCCACGCCUAUCCCCCCGGCCUGAGGAGCCAUGCUUGUCCCCUGUGCCUGAGGAGCCACAGCUGUCCCCUGUGCCUGAGGAGCUGCGCCUGUCCCUUGGGUCUGAGGAGCCGUGCCUAUCCCCCCAGCCAGAGGAGCCGCACCUGUCCCCCAGGCCUGAGGAGCCGCGCCUGUCCCCCCGGCCUGAGGAGUUGGGCCUGUCCCCCCAGACAAAGGAACCACGCCUGUCCCCUCGACCUGAGGAACCGCACCUGUCCCCUCGACCUGAAGAGCCCCCCGAGGAGCCAGGCCUAUGUCCUGCACCUGAGGAAUCGCCCUUGUUCCUCCCACCUGGGGAGCCACCUUUAUCCCCCUUGCUUGGAGAGCCGACCCUGUCUGAGCCUGGGGAACCACCUCUGUCCCCCCUGCCGGAGGAGUUGCGGGUGUCCGGGGAGCCAUCCUUGUCACCUCAGCUGAUGCCACCAGAUCCUCUUCCUCCUCCGCUCUCACCCAUUAUCACAGCUGUGGCCCCGCCGGCUCUGUCUCCUUUGGGGGAGUUAGAGUACCCCUUUGGUGCCAAAGGGGACAGUGACCCUGAGUCGCCGUUGGCUGCCCCCAUCCUUGAGACACCCAUCAGCCCCCCACCAGAAGCUAACUGCACUGACCCUGAGCCUGUACCUCCUAUGAUCCUCCCCCCAUCUCCAGGCUCCCCAAUGGGACCAGCCUCUCCCAUCCUGAUGGAGCCACUUCCCUCUCAGUGUUCUCCACUCCUGCAGCAUUCCCCCCCUCCCCCAAAUUCCCCUCCUUCCCAGUGCUCUCUUCCUGCUCUGCCACUGUCCAUUCCCUCCCCACUGAGUCCCAUGGAGAAGGCAGUGGAGGUCUCAGAGGAGGCUGAGCCACAUGAGAUGGAGACUGAGAAAGUCCCAGAGCCUGAGUGUCCAGCCUUGGAACCCAGCCCUACUAGUCCUCUCCCCUCCCCCAUGGGGAACCUGUCCUGCCCUGCAGCCAGCCCUGCCCCACCUCUGGAUGACUUCUCUGGUCUGGGGGAAGACACAGCCCCCCUGGAUGGGACUGACACUCCUGGUUCACAGCCAGAGGCUGGACAGACCCCUGGCAGCUUGGCUAGUGAACUUAAGGGUUCCCCUGUGCUCCUGGACCCCGAGGAGCUGGCCCCUGUGACCCCUAUGGAGGUCUAUGGCCCAGAAGGCAAGCAGGCAGUGCAGGGUUCACCCUGUGAAGAGCAAGAGGAGCCACGUGUCCCAGUGGCCCCUACCCCACCCACUCUCAUCAAAUCCGACAUUGUUAAUGAGAUUUCUAAUCUGAGCCAGGGUGAUGCCAGUGCCAGUUUUCCUGGCUCAGAGCCCCUACUAGGCUCUCCCGACCCCGAGGGGGGCGGCUCCUUGUCCAUGGAGCUGGGGGUAUCUACAGACGUUAGUCCAGCCCGAGAUGAGGGCUCCCUGCGGCUCUGUACUGACUCGCUGCCAGAGACUGAUGACUCGCUGCUGUGUGAUUCCGGGACAGCUAUUGGCGGAGGCAAAGCCGAGGGGGACAAGGGGAGGCGGCGCAGCUCCCCAGCUCGUUCCCGCAUCAAACAGGGUCGCAGCAGUAGUUUCCCAGGAAGACGUCGGCCUCGUGGAGGAGCACAUGGAGGACGUGGGAGAGGACGGGCCCGGCUAAAAUCAACUACUUCUUCCAUUGAGACUCUGGUAGUUGCUGAUAUCGAUAGCUCUCCCAGCAAAGAGGAGGAAGACGACGAUGACGACACCAUGCAAAAUACUGUGGUUCUCUUCUCCAACACAGACAAGUUUGUCCUCAUGCAGGACAUGUGCGUGGUAUGUGGCAGCUUUGGCCGGGGGGCAGAGGGCCACCUUCUUGCCUGUUCCCAGUGUUCUCAGUGCUAUCACCCUUACUGUGUCAACAGCAAGAUCACCAAGGUGAUGCUGCUGAAGGGCUGGCGUUGUGUGGAGUGCAUCGUGUGUGAGGUGUGUGGCCAAGCUUCGGACCCCUCACGCCUGCUGCUCUGUGAUGACUGUGACAUUAGCUACCACACAUACUGCUUGGACCCGCCACUGCUCACCGUACCCAAGGGUGGCUGGAAGUGCAAGUGGUGUGUGUCCUGUAUGCAGUGUGGGGCCGCCUCCCCUGGCUUCCACUGUGAAUGGCAGAACAGUUACACACACUGUGGGCCCUGCGCCAGCCUGGUGACCUGUCCUAUCUGUCACGCCCCAUAUGUGGAAGAGGACCUGCUCAUCCAGUGCCGCCACUGUGAACGGUGGAUGCAUGCUGGCUGUGAGAGCCUCUUCACAGAAGACGAUGUGGAGCAAGCCGCUGAUGAGGGCUUUGACUGUGUCUCUUGCCAGCCCUAUGUGGUAAAGCCUGCUGCGCCUGUUGCCCCCCCAGAGUUGGUGCCUAUGAAGGUGAAAGAGCCAGAGCCUCAGUACUUCCGCUUCGAGGGUGUGUGGCUGACAGAAACCGGCAUGGCUGUGCUGCGUAACCUGACCAUGUCCCCUCUGCACAAGCGGCGCCAACGGCGAGGACGGCUAGGCCUUCCAGGCGAGGCAGGGCUGGAGGGCUCUGAGCCCUCGGAUGCCCUUGGCCCUGAUGACAAGAAGGAUGGGGACCUGGACACUGAUGAGCUGCUGAAGGGUGAAGGUGGCGUGGAGCACAUGGAAUGCGAAAUGAAGCUGGAAGGCCCCAUCAGCCCUGAUGUGGAGCCUGGCAGAGAGGAGACCGAGGAAAGCAAGAAACGCAAACGCAAACCCUAUCGGCCUGGCAUCGGCGGUUUCAUGGUGCGACAGCGGAAAUCUCACACACGUGUGAAAAAGGGGCCUGCUGCACAGGCGGAGGUGUUGAGUGGGGAUGGGCAGCCCGACGAGGUGAUGCCUGUAGACUUGCCUGUUGAGGGCCCCGUGGACCAGAACUUAGCUGAUGGGGAUGAGAAGAAGAAGCAGCAGCGGCGAGGGCGCAAGAAGAGUAAACUGGAAGACAUGUUUCCCGCUUAUCUGCAGGAAGCUUUCUUUGGGAAGGAGCUGCUGGACCUGAGCCGAAAGGCCCUUUUUGCAGUUGGAGUGGGCCGGCCAAGUUUUGGACUAGGAACCCCCAAAGCCAAGGGGGAUGGAGGCUCAGAUAGGAAGGAGCUCCCUACCUCACAGAAAGGAGAUGAUGGCCCAGAUGUUGCAGAUGAAGAAUCCCGAGGCCCUGAGGGCAAGGCUGAUACACCAGGACCUGAGGAUGGAGGCGCCAAGGCAUCCCCAGUACCCAGUGACCCCGAGAAGCCAGGCACUCCGGGUGAAGGGAUGCUCAGCUCUGACUUAGAUAGAAUUCCCACAGAAGAACUGCCCAAGAUGGAAUCCAAGGACCUGCAGCAGCUCUUCAAGGAUGUUCUGGGUUCUGAACGAGAGCAGCAUUUGGGUUGUGGGACCCCUGGCCCAGACGGCAGCCGGACACCGCUGCAGAGACCCUUCCUUCAAGGUGGACUCCCUUUGGGCAGUCUCCCCUCCAGCAGCCCAAUGGACUCCUACCCGGGCCUCUGCCAGUCCCCAUUCCUGGAUUCUAGGGAGCGCGGGGGCUUCUUUAGCCCGGAACCCGGUGAGCCAGACAGCCCCUGGACAGGCUCGGGGGGCACCACGCCCUCCACCCCCACCACCCCCACCACGGAGGGUGAGGGCGACGGGCUCUCCUAUAACCAGCGGAGCCUUCAGCGCUGGGAGAAGGAUGAGGAGUUGGGCCAGCUCUCCACCAUCUCGCCUGUGCUCUAUGCCAACAUUAACUUUCCCAACCUCAAACAGGAUUACCCAGACUGGUCUAGCCGUUGCAAACAAAUCAUGAAGCUCUGGAGGAAAGUUCCAGCUGCUGACAAAGCCCCCUACCUGCAAAAGGCCAAAGAUAACCGGGCAGCUCACCGCAUCAACAAGGUGCAAAAGCAGGCUGAGAGCCAGAUCAACAAGCAGACCAAGGUGGGCGACAUGGCCCGUAAGACUGACCGACCGGCCCUACAUCUCCGCAUUCCCCCCCAGCCAGGGGCACUGGGCAGUCCGCCCCCUGCUGCUGCCCCCACCAUUUUCAUUGGCAGCCCCACAACCCCCGCCGGCUUGUCUACCUCUGCGGAUGGGUUCCUGAAGCCGCCAGCGGGUACAGUGCCCGGCCCCGACUCGCCCGGUGAGCUCUUCCUCAAGCUCCCACCCCAGGUGCCCGCCCAAGUGCCUUCGCAGGACCCCUUUGGACUGGCCCCCGCCUACGCUCUGGAGCCCCGCUUCCCCACGGCACCACCUACCUAUCCUCCUUAUCCUAGUCCGACUGGGGCCCCCGCACAGCCCCUGACGCUGGGCGCCUCGUCUCGUCCUGGGACUGGCCAGCCAGGGGAAUUCCACACUACCCCACCUGGCACCCCCCGACACCAGCCCUCCACACCUGACCCCUUUCUCAAGCCCCGCUGCCCCUCACUGGACAACCUGGCUGUGCCUGAGAGCCCAGGGAUAGGGGGAGGCAAGGCUACCGAGCCCCUGCUGUCGCCCCCGCCUUUUGGGGAGUCUCGGAAGGCCCUAGAGGUGAAGAAGGAAGAGCUCGGGGCAUCCUCUCCUAGCUAUGGGCCCCCAAACCUAGGCUUUGUUGACUCACCUUCCUCAGGCCCCAACCUGGGCAGCCUGGAGUUAAAGGCACCUGAUGUCUUCAAAGCCCCCCUGACCCCUCGGGCAUCUCAGGUAGAGCCCCAGAGCCCGGGCUUGGGCCUAAGGCCCCAGGAGCCACCCCCUGCCCAGGCUUUGGCCCCUUCCUCCCCCAGCCACUCGGACAUCUUUCGCCCUGGCCCCUACCCUGACCCUUAUGCCCAGCCCCCAUUGACCCCUCGGCCCCAACCCCCACCCCCUGAGAGCUGCUGUGGCCUGCCCCCUCGCUCAUUGCCCUCAGACCCUUUCUCCCGAGUGCCCGCCAGUCCCCAGUCCCAGUCCAGCUCCCAGUCUCCGUUAACACCCCGUCCUUUGUCUGCCGAGGCUUUUUGCCCAUCCCCCGUUACCCCUCGUUUCCAGUCCCCUGAUCCCUAUUCCCGUCCACCCUCACGCCCUCAGUCCCGUGACCCUUUUGCCCCCUUGCAUAAGCCACCCCGACCCCAGCCCCCUGAAGUUGCCUUCAAGGCUGGUCCUCUAGCCCACACUCCUCUGGGGGCUGGGGGCUUCCCAGCAGCCCUGCCCUCAGGGCCGGCAGGUGAGCUCCAUGCUAAGGUCCCAAGUGGGCAGCCGCCUAAUUUCGCCCGGUCCCCUGGGACGGGUGCUUUUGUGGGCACUCCCUCUCCCAUGCGUUUCACUUUCCCUCAGGCAGUAGGGGAGCCUUCCCUAAAGCCCCCUGUCCCUCAGCCUGGUCUCCCUCCACCCCAUGGGAUCAACAGCCAUUUUGGGCCCGGCCCUACCUUGGGCAAGCCUCAAAGCACAAACUACACAGUAGCCACAGGGAACUUCCACCCAUCGGGCAGCCCCCUGGGAUCCAGCAGCGGGUCCACAGGAGAGGGCUUCGGGCUGUCCCCACUACGCCCCCCAUCAGUCCUACCGCCGCCUGCACCCGAUGGAUCCCUCCCCUACCUGUCCCAUGGAGCCUCACAGCGGGCAGGCAUCACCUCGCCGGUCGAUAAGCGAGAAGACCCAGGGGCUGGAAUGGGCAGCUCUUUGGCAGCACCCGAACUUCCAGGUACCCAGGACCCGGGCAUGUCCAGCCUCAGCCAAACAGAACUGGAGAAGCAGCGGCAGCGCCAGCGACUCCGGGAGCUGCUAAUUCGGCAGCAGAUCCAGCGCAAUACCCUGCGGCAGGAGAAGGAGACAGCUGCGGCAGCUGCAGGAGUGGUAGGGCCCCCGGGCAGCUGGGGUGCUGAGCCCAGCAGCCCUGCCUUUGAGCAGCUGAGUCGCGGCCAGACCCCUUUCACCGGGACCCAGGACAAGAGUAACCUUGUGGGGCUCCCCCCAAACAAGUUGGGUGGCCCCAUCCUGGGGCCAGGGGCUUUUCCCAGCGAUGACCGACUUUCCCGGCCCCCUCCACCAGCCACCCCUUCUUCUAUGGAUGUGAACAACCGGCAACUGGUGGGAGGCUCCCAAGCCUUCUAUCAGCGAGCACCCUACCCUGGGUCCCUGCCCUUACAGCAGCAGCAGCAGCAGCAACUGUGGCAGCAGCAGCAGCAGCAGGCAACAGCAGCCACCUCCAUGCGACUUGCCAUGUCUACUCGCUUUCCAUCAACUCCUGGGCCUGAACUUGGCCGCCAAGCCCUAGGUUCCUCCCUGGCAGGGAUUCCCACCCGCCUGCCUGGCCCUGGGGAGCCAGUACCUGGUCCAGCUGGCCCGGCCCAGUUCAUUGAGUUGCGGCACAAUGUACAGAAAGGACUAGGACCUGGGGGGGCUCCGUUUCCUGGUCAGGGCCCCCCUCAGAGACCCCGUUUUUACCCAGUAAAUGAGGACUCCCACCGAAUGGCUCCUGAAGGGCUUCGAGGCCUAGCGGUAUCUGGCCUUCCCCCACAGAAACCCUCAGUUCCUCCGGUUCCUGAACUGAGCAACAGUCUCCAUCCAAUGCCCCACACCAAAGGUCCCUCCCUGCCCACUGGCUUGGAGCUGGUUAGCCGCCCCCCCUCAAGCACUGAGCUUGGCCGCCCUCCUCCUCUGCCCCUGGAAGCUGGGAAGUUACCCUGCGAGGAUCCCGAGCUGGACGAUGACUUUGAUGCCCACAAGGCCCUAGAGGAUGAUGAGGAGCUUGCUCACCUGGGCCUGGGUGUGGACGUGGCCAAGGGAGAUGAUGAGCUGGGCACCCUGGAAAACCUGGAGACCAAUGACCCCCACCUGGAUGACCUGCUCAACGGGGAUGAGUUUGAUCUGCUGGCCUAUACUGAUCCUGAGCUGGACACGGGGGACAAGAAGGACAUUUUCAAUGAGCACCUAAGGCUGGUGGAGUCAGCCAAUGAGAAGGCUGAGCGGGAGGCCCUGCUACGAGGGGUGGAGCCAGUACCCUUGGGUCCUGAGGAGCGCCCUCCCCCUGCUACUGAUGCCUGUGAGCCCCGUCUGGCAUCAGGGCUUCCUGAGGUGAAGCCCAAGGUGGAGGAAGGUGGGCGCCACCCUUCCCCUUGCCAGUUCGCCAUUACCACCCCCAAGGUAGAGCCAGCACCUGCCACCACCUCCCUGGGCCUGGGGCUGAAGCCAGCACAGAGUGUGAUGGGCAUCCGGGACACCCGGAUGGGCACAGGACCCUUUUCCAGCAGUGGGCACACAACUGAGAAGGGUCCCUUUGGGGCCACAGGAGGACCACCAGCUCACCUGCUGACCUCCAGCCCUCUGAGUGGCCCAGGAGGUUCCUCCCUGCUGGAAAAGUUUGAGCUAGAAAGUGAGGCUUUGACAUUGCCCAGUGGCCAUGCAGCAUCUGGGGAUGAGCUGGACAAGAUGGAGAGCUCACUCGUAGCCAGUGAGUUACCCCUGCUCAUCGAGGACCUGCUGGAGCAUGAGAAGAAGGAGCUGCAGAAGAAGCAGCAGCUUUCAGCGCAGCUGCAGCCUGCCCAGCAACAGCAGCAACAGCACUCCUUGCUGUCCACACCAGGCCCUGCCCAGGCCAUGUCUUUGCCACACGAGGGCUCUUCUCCCAGUUUGGCUGGGCCCCAGCAGCAGCUCGCCCUAGGACUUGGAGGUUCCCGACAGCCAGGCUUGGCCCAACCCUUGAUGCCCACCCAGCCACCAGCACAUGCCCUGCAGCAGCGCCUGGCCCCAUCCAUGGCCAUGGUGUCCAGUCAAGGGCAUGUGCUAAGUGGGCAGCACGGGGGGCAGGCAGGCUUGGUGCCCCAGCAGAGUUCCCAGCCAGUGCUGGCACAGAAGCCCAUGGGUACCAUGCCACCUUCCAUGUGCAUGAAACCUCAGCAGCUGGCCAUGCAACAGCAGCUGGCUAACAGCUUCUUCCCGGAUACAGAUCUGGACAAAUUUGCAGCAGAAGAUAUAAUUGAUCCCAUUGCAAAGGCCAAGAUGGUGGCUUUGAAGGGCAUCAAGAAGGUGAUGGCUCAGGGCAGCAUUGGAGUGGCACCUGGUAUGAACAGGCAACAAGUGUCCCUACUAGCCCAGAGGCUCUCAGGGGGCCCUGGCAGUGAUCUGCAGAACCAUGUGGCAGCUGGGAGUGGCCAGGAGCGGAGUGCUGGUGACCCCUCCCAGCCUCGUCCCAACCCACCCACUUUUGCCCAGGGAGUGAUCAAUGAAGCUGACCAGCGGCAGUAUGAGGAAUGGCUGUUUCAUACCCAGCAGCUCCUACAGAUGCAGCUGAAGGUGCUAGAGGAGCAGAUUGGUGUGCACCGCAAGUCCCGGAAGGCUCUGUGCGCCAAGCAGCGCACUGCCAAAAAGGCUGGCCGUGAGUUCCCGGAGGCUGAUGCUGAGAAGCUCAAGCUGGUUACAGAGCAACAGAGCAAGAUCCAGAAACAACUGGAUCAGGUCCGGAAGCAGCAGAAGGAGCACACCAACCUCAUGGCAGAAUACCGGAGUAAACAGCAGCAGCAGCAGCAGCAGCAGCAGCAGCAGCACUCAGCCGUGCUGGCCCUGAGCCCUUCCCAGAGUCCCCGACUCCUCACCAAGCUCCCCAGCCAGCUGCUCCCGGGCCACGGGCUGCAGCCGCCACAGGGGCCUCCGGGAGGGCAAGCUGCAGGUCUUCGCCUGCCCCCAGGGGGCAUGACACUCUCCGGACAGCCUGGUGGCCCUUUCCUCAACACCUCUCUGGCCCAGCAGCAGCAACAGCAACAGCAACAUUCUGGUGGGGCUGGGCCCCUGGCUGGCCCCUCAGGGGGCUUCUUCCCUGGCAACCUGGCUCUUCGAGGCCUAGGACCCGAUUCGAGACUUCUCCAGGAAAGGCAGCUGCAGCUGCAGCAGCAACGCAUGCAGCUAGCCCAGAAACUGCAGCAGCAGCAACAGCAGCAGCAGCAGCAGCAGCAGCAGCAGCACCUCCUAGGACAGGUGGCGGUCCAGCAGCAACAGCAGCAGAGCCUGGGCGUACAAGCAAACCAAGCUCUGGGUCCCAAGCCCCAGGGGCUUCUGCCUCCCAGCGGCCAUCCGGGCCUCUUGGUCCAGCAACUGUCCCCACAACCACCCCAGGGGCCCCAGGGCAUGCUGGGCCCUGCCCAGGUGGCAGUGUUGCAGCAGCAACAGCAGCACCCUGGAGCCUUGGGCCCCCAGGGUCCUCACAGACAGGUGCUUCUGACCCAGUCCCGGGUGCUGAGUUCCCCCCAGCUGGCACAGCAGGGUCAGGGCCUUAUGGGACACCGGCUGGUCACAGCCCAGCAGCAGCAACAGCAGCACCAACAGCAGGGAUCCAUGGCAGGCCUUUCCCAUCUGCAGCAGGGCCUGAUGCCACAUGGUGGGCAGCCCAAACUCAGCACUCAGCCCAUGGCCACCUUGCAGCAGCAGCAGCAGCUCCAACAGCAGCAGCAGCAGCAGCUCCAACAGCAGCAGCAGCAGCAGCUCCAACAGCAGCAGCAGCAGCAGCAGCAGCAGCUCCAACAGCAGCAGCAGCACCAACAGCAACAGCAACAGCAGCAGCAGCAGCUCCAACAGCAGCAGCAGCAGCUCCAACAGCAGCAGCAGCAGCUCCAACAAUUUCAGCAGCAGCAGCAGCAACAGCAGCAGAUGGGCCUCUUGAACCAGAGUCGAACUUUACUGUCUUCGCCGCAGCCACCGCCGCCGCAGCAGCAGGUGCCCCUCGGCCCCGGCAUGCCCGCCAAGCCUGCACAACACUUUUCUAGCCCCGGAGCCCUGGGCGCUGCCGUCCUGACGGGCAAGGAGCAGAGCAUGGUAGACACGGCUGUUCCUCCAGAGGCCGCGGAGGGGCCGUCCACACAUCCGGGGGCACCGCUAGCCCUAGGGGCUGUUCCCGAGUCGGCAGCCACCGAACCUGGGGAGGUGAAGCCCUCGCUGUCCGGGGACUCACAGCUCCUGCUUAUCCCGCCGCAGGCCCAGCCACAGCCUGGCCCUGCACAGUUGCAGCCACCCCUGAGGCUCCCGGGUCCACAGCAGCAGCAAGUUAACUUGCUCCAUUCAGCAGGUGUGGGAAGCCACGGGCCAGCGGGCAGCGGCUCAUCCUCGGAGGCCUCAUCCAUGCCCCAUCUGCUGGCCCAGUCCUCUGUUCCUUUAGGGGAGCAGCCUGGGACCAUGACCCAGAACCUUCUGGGGUCCCAACAGCCCCUUGGACUAGAGCGGCCCGUGCAAAAUAACGCAGGGCCACAGCCUGCCAAAGCAGGAUCUGGCCUCACGCUGGGGCCGGGCCUGCCCGGGCCUGGAGUUAUGCCAACAAUGGGGCAGCUUCGAGCGCAGCUCCAAGGGGUCCUGGCCAAAAACCCCCAGCUGCGGCACUUGAGCCCGCAGCAGCAGCAGCAGCUACAGGCGCUCCUCGUGCAGCGGCAGCUGCAGCAGAGUCAGGCGGUGCGCCAGGCCCCACCCUACCAGGAGCCUGGGGCCCAGCCCUCUCCCCUCCAGGGCCUCCUGGGUCGCCAGCCUCAACUUGGGGGCUUCUCUGGAUCCCAGACAGGCCCUCUCCAGGAGUUAGGGGCAGGGCUUCGACCUCAGGGCCCACCCCGGCUCUCUGCCCCACAAGGAGCCUUAGCCGCAGGACCGGUCCUCGGCCCUGUCCAUCCCACACCUCCACCAUCCAGCCCCCAAGAGCCAAAGAGACCUUCCUCACAGCCCCCCGGAGCCAGCCCUCUGGUCCCAUCCCAGCUCCCCUCUGAGGCCCAGCUCCCCCCCACCCAGCCAGGGACCCCAAAACCCCAGGGUCCAUCCUUGGAGCUGCCUCCUGGGAGGGUCUCACCUGCUGCUGCCCAGCUUGCGGAUACCUUCUUUGGCAAGGGGCUGGGACCUUGGGACCCCCCAGACAACCUAGUGGAAGCCCGGAAGCCAGAUCAGAGCAGCCUGGUACCUGGGCAUCUGGAGCAGGUGAAUGGGCAGGCAGUGACUGAGCCACCCCAUCUCAGCAUCAAGCAGGAGCCUCGGGAGGAGCCAUGUGCCCUGGGAGCCCAGGCGGUGAAGAGGGAGGCCAACGGGGAGCCAGUAGGGGCACCAGGUACCAGCAACCACCUCCUGCUGGCAGGCCCCCGCUCAGAGGCUGGGCAUCUGCUCUUGCAGAAGCUUCUACGCGCAAAGAAUGUGCAACUCAGCACUGGGCGGGGGCCCGAGGGGCUGCGAGCUGAGAUCAACGGGCACAUUGACAGCAAGCUGGCUGGGCUGGAGCAGAAACUACAGGGUACCCCCAGCAACAAAGAGGACACAAUAGCAAGGAAGCCUGUGACACCAAAGCCCAAGCGGGUGCAGAAGGCAAGCGACAGGUUGGUGAGCUCCCGAAAGAAGCUGCGGAAGGAGGACGGGGUCAGGGCCAGCGAGGCCUUGCUGAAACAGCUGAAACAGGAGCUGUCCCUGCUGCCCCUAACGGAGCCUACUAUCACCGCCAAUUUUAGCCUCUUUGCUCCCUUCGGCAGUGGCUGCCCGGUCAAUGGGCAGUGCCAGCUGAGGGGGGCCUUUGGAAGUGGGGCACUGCCCACUGGCCCCGACUACUAUUCCCAGCUGCUUACCAAGAAUAACCUGAGUAACCCGCCGACACCACCCUCGUCGCUGCCCCCCACCCCACCCCCAUCGGUGCAGCAGAAGAUGGUGAAUGGCGUCACCCCAUCUGAAGAGCUGGGGGAGCACCCCAAGGAUGCUGCCUCUGCCCGGGAUACUGAAGGGACGCUGAGGGAUGCUUCAGAGGUGAAGAGUCUAGACCUGCUGGCCGCCUUGCCUACACCCCCUCACAAUCAGACUGAGGAUGUCAGGAUGGAAAGCGAUGAGGAUAGCGAUUCUCCUGAUAGCAUUGUGCCGGCUUCGUCCCCUGAAAGCAUCUUGGGGGAGGAGGCCCCCCGUUUCCCUCAGCUGGGCUCAGGCCGGUGGGAGCAGGAAGACCGGGCUCUCUCCCCUGUCAUCCCCAUCAUUCCUCGGGCCAGUAUCCCAGUCUUCCCAGAUACCAAACCUUAUGGGGCCCUGGACCUGGAGGCCCCUGGAAAGCUGCCUGCCACAACUUGGGAAAAGGGCAAAGGAAGUGAGGUGUCUGUCAUGCUGACGGUCUCUGCUGCUGCGGCCAAGAACCUGAAUGGUGUGAUGGUGGCAGUGGCAGAGCUGCUGAGCAUGAAGAUCCCCAACUCCUAUGAGGUGCUGUUCCCAGAGAGCCCUGCCCGGCCGGGCACUGAGCCGAAGAAGGGGGAAGCCGAGGGCCCUGGAGGGAAAGAAAAGGGUCUGGGAGGCAAGAGCCCGGAAGCUGGCCCUGACUGGCUAAAGCAGUUUGAUGCAGUGCUGCCCGGCUAUACCCUCAAAAGCCAGCUGGACAUCUUGAGCCUCCUGAAACAGGAGAGCCCUGCCCCAGAGCCAGCCGCCCAGCACAGCUACACCUGCAAUGUCUCCAACCUGGAUGUGCGACAGCUCUCUGCCCCACCUCCUGAAGAGCCCUCCCCGCCCCCAUCCCCCUUGGCACCCUCUCCGGCCAGCCCCCCUGCGGAACCCCUGGUAGAACUUCCCGCCGAACCCUUGGCUGAGCCACCGGUCCCGUCGCCUCUGCCACUGGCCUCAUCCCCUGAAUCGGCCCGACCCAAGCCCCGAGCCCGGCCCCCGGAAGAAGGAGAGGAUUCCCGGCCACCUCGCCUCAAGAAGUGGAAGGGGGUGCGCUGGAAGCGGCUGCGGCUACUACUGACCAUCCAGAAGGGCAGCGGGCGGCAGGAGGAUGAGCGGGAAGUGGCAGAGUUUAUGGAACAGCUCGGCACGGCCCUGCGGCCUGACAAGGUGCCUCGUGACAUGAGGCGCUGCUGCUUCUGUCACGAGGAGGGUGAUGGGGCCACUGAUGGGCCCGCCCGCCUCCUGAACCUGGACCUGGACCUCUGGGUGCACCUCAACUGCGCCCUGUGGUCCACGGAGGUCUAUGAAACCCAGGGUGGGGCGCUGAUGAAUGUGGAGGUGGCUCUGCACCGCGGGCUGCUGACCAAGUGCUCCCUGUGCCAGCGCACUGGUGCCACCAGCAGCUGCAAUCGAAUGCGUUGCCCCAAUGUCUACCAUUUUGCCUGCGCCAUCCGCGCCAAGUGCAUGUUCUUCAAGGACAAGACCAUGCUGUGUCCAAUGCACAAGAUCAAGGGGCCCUGUGAGCAGGAGCUGAGCUCUUUUGCUGUCUUCCGGCGGGUCUACAUCGAGCGGGACGAAGUGAAGCAGAUUGCCAGCAUCAUCCAGCGGGGAGAGCGGCUGCACAUGUUCCGUGUGGGGGGCCUUGUGUUCCACGCCAUCGGACAGCUGCUCCCGCAUCAGAUGGCCGACUUCCACAGCGCCACGGCCCUCUACCCCGUGGGCUAUGAGGCCACACGCAUCUAUUGGAGCCUCCGCACCAACAACCGCCGCUGCUGCUACCGCUGCUCCAUCGGCGAGAACAACGGGAGGCCAGAGUUCAUCAUCAAGGUCAUGGAGCAGGGCCUGGAGGACCUGGUCUUCACUGACGCCUCCCCCCAGGCGGUGUGGAAUCGCAUCAUCGAGCCCGUGGCUGCCAUGAGAAAAGAGGCCGACAUGCUGCGGCUCUUCCCUGAGUACCUGAAAGGCGAGGAGCUCUUUGGGCUGACGGUGCAUGCCGUGCUGCGCAUAGCUGAAUCACUGCCCGGAGUGGAGAGCUGUCAAAACUAUUUAUUCCGCUAUGGACGCCACCCCCUGAUGGAGCUGCCACUCAUGAUCAAUCCCACUGGUUGUGCCCGAUCGGAGCCUAAGAUCCUCACACACUACAAACGGCCUCACACCCUGAACAGCACCAGCAUGUCCAAGGCAUAUCAGAGCACCUUCACAGGCGAGACCAACACCCCAUACAGCAAGCAGUUUGUUCACUCCAAGUCAUCACAGUACCGGCGACUGCGCACCGAGUGGAAGAACAAUGUGUACCUGGCCCGCUCCCGUAUCCAGGGCCUGGGGCUCUACGCCGCCAAGGACCUAGAAAAGCACACAAUGGUCAUUGAGUAUAUUGGUACCAUCAUUCGCAAUGAGGUGGCCAACCGGCGGGAGAAAAUCUAUGAGGAGCAGAAUCGAGGCAUCUACAUGUUCCGAAUAAACAACGAACAUGUGAUUGAUGCUACGUUGACUGGAGGCCCUGCCAGGUACAUUAACCAUUCCUGUGCCCCUAACUGUGUGGCGGAAGUUGUGACGUUUGACAAGGAGGAUAAAAUCAUCAUCAUCUCCAGCCGGCGAAUCCCCAAAGGAGAGGAGCUGACCUAUGACUAUCAGUUUGACUUUGAGGACGAUCAGCACAAGAUCCCCUGCCACUGUGGAGCCUGGAAUUGUCGAAAAUGGAUGAACUAAGAAGCUUAGAGGCUACCAGGCAGGGGAGUCCCCCCACCACCAACCUCUUCCCUGAAAGGGAUGAGGGGGAAGAGAGGUAGCAGCCAGAGCCAGGACCCAGGGCUGGGGCUGCCGGCUGACCGGAGCCCCUGGAGCAGGAGGCUGGGGCAGAGGGCCCUAGGCCAAGCCCACCCUGGGCACCAGGGACAACCCUCUUCCCCGCCACCGGCCCCUAGGCUGGCAUCUCUGCCCCCAGCUCCAGGAGGGGCCAGACAGAAGCAGCCAUUGGGCAUCUCAGGUUUGAGGGGGAUAUGGGCCGGGAACUACCCAGAAGCAACUGGGAGGCAGCAGGGAGGGGGGAGGAGGAUGUGUGGCCGGGCCUCACAGCCCUGCUUCUCCCACCGACCUCUCCGGCCCAACUCAAGGCUGCAAAGAGACUUGACUAAGCUUGACAAUCCCAAAGGCCGGGUCCCACACCUGGCCCUGCCUGCCGGGUCCUGUCCCCACCCUCACUCCCAUCCCCUUCCUCCUCAAUCUGUCUCUGUCUCCCUCUUCUCCUCUGUGUUUCUGUCUCUCUAUGGGUUGUGUUUCCUUGUUUUCCACUCUGACAAAUGCAACAUGAACGGGAAAGAGGCGCCCAGCUGCCCAGGAGGGCAAGCCAGGCAAGCCGGGCAAGGAGACCCCGCACCCACACCUACCUCAUUUAAGUGUUGGAUUUUUUGCUGUUUUGAAAUGUGAGACCCUCUCCAAGCCCCCUACUGCCCCGACCCUCUCUUCCGCCUCACUGCCCUCUUCUGAGUGGGUGGAAGGGGGGUAGGAAGAGGAAGAAAAACAACAACAAAAAAUCCAUCUUUGUUUUUAAUUAUGGGCAUGGGAUGGUGGUUGAGGCUAAUGCUGAUGAAGAUUGGGGAUAACUGGCCCCUAGUUGCUCUAGGACUUCCUUCUCCAUCUGGACAUGGGGGCAGGAGGGGUGUGCUAAACCUAGGACCAGGAUAUCGCCCUCCUGUUUUCCCAACCCCAUCAUGAGCCCAUUUGCCCUCCAGCCCCUGGAUGGGGUGGGUGGGUGGUCGGGUGAGGGCUAUCCCUGAGUGGCAUGCCCAUACCCAGUGAGGCAGGGUGUGGCCCGGAGCUCCCACUUUCCCUCAGUCACCAAACUGCUGCUGGUCUGGUGGGAAGGGGUGGUGAUGUGGGGGUGGGGAGCUUAGUGUCAGCGCGGGGAGGGUGGGGGGUAUUUAUCUAUUUAUACAUGGGAUUGUACAUAGUCUUGUGGGGAAUGGGGGAGCCGGCUGGAGGUGAGAACCCUCCCCUCUCCCCCCACCCCCGGGGAGAGCAAAUGUAAAACUACUAAUUUUUGUGCUUUAUAUAUUCUAUAUAAAUAUAUCUAUUUUCUUUUUACAAAACCAGUUUAUAAAUGGUAGGGGGGUGUGGGGCGGACACAUGGAGCUCCCCUUGUGGGGGGGCCCCCUCCAUUACCCAACCUACCGCCCUUUUCCUCACCCCCUCCUCCCCACCCCCUGGCUGUGACUGCUGUAAGGUGGGGGUAUAGAGGCUGGGCAGUUCUCACCCCCCUUGUAUAGUUGGACUAUGUUAUAACGCACAAAAGUGAGCUGGCCCCAGGGGGAGCCAGAGGGUGAUGGGUUCCCUGCCUCCCUUUCCUUCCCCUUUCUGCCCAAGCUUGUGCUGCAGUUGAACCUCUUCCUGGGGCUUAGGGGUAGGUUGGGGGUGGGUGAGGCCCCAGACCCCUCUUGAGUAGGGAGUGUGGGGAUGAAGAUGAAGCUUAUAUGCAGUUCUCUCCUAGGGGCUGUGGGCAAAGGGCAUUUUGUAAUUAAUAUUUUCAAGAAUCAAAUGUCUGGAGUGCAGGGGUGGGCUUGGUGGCGGUGGAUGGGCGGGCCUGCUGGAGGGGGAGCAAGGUCGCUGUUGUGAUUUUAGGUUUUGUUUUGUUUUGUUUUUGAAUUUGGGGGGUUGCGGAUUGAUGGGGAUAGGGAGGUUUUUUUUUUUUUUUUAAAGCUGCUUUCUCAACUGUUUCAAGCUGCAAAUGUUUAAGAGAAUAACAUCCCCCACCCCCACAAAAAACCACUGUCAUUAAAUCAGGCAGUGAGGAGACUGGGCUGCUGCCCCCAAAGCCAUUGGAUAUUCCUUUUCCAAGAGCAAAAGGUCUAGGCUACAGGGAGAGGGAGAUUGGCUCCUGUGAGUCAGGCUCUGGUUGGGGCUUGGCCCUGGGAUUGGGAAAAGGGAAUGGGGCAGACUUUGUAAGCAUAUGCUAGGUAUCCGAUAGUCCUGUAGAAUUUAGUGAAGAACCUUAUACAGUUUUUAAUUUUUAUAUAAACUAACUCAGACCCAAGCUACAAGGUUGGAAUUUUGGUUGUUGGUUUUUUUUGUUUUGUUUUUUUUUAAAGUACCCCGCCUGUAUAAUUGCAUCUGAAUUCCCUCCUCUUCCCGCCCCACCCCCCCGUGUUUGUAUUUUGGGUUGGUUUACACUUGCACAUAUUCAGUUUUCAGUUUUUCCCUUUUACAGUCUUCUCCCCUCACCUUCAGGACCCUCCCCCUUUUUAAAAAAUAAAUCGCUGACAAGUGUGAAUCCCGUGAAGACUUUAUUUUGUGUUGUGUGUAUCCUGUACAGCAAGAUUGGUCCUUCGUAACAACGGAUGAAAUGAUUCCCUUUUUUAAAGCGCCCUCUCUCCCUCCACUCCCAGCGCCCUGUCCUUGGCAUGUUUUGUAUCAGCGAUCAUUCUGAACUGUACAUAAUUUAUGUUGCAAGAGGCAAAGGGCAAGUUUUGGAUUUUGCUUCUUCCAAGUUUGUUUUUAAACGACAAAUAAAAAAAGAACAUUUUAAAUA